GUGAUGUCUGACAAUUCGGAUGAGAAUUUAAAUUUGUCCAACUCACAGUCGCGCCUGAUUGAGGUGCACCACGUGGGCGUGACAGCCAAAUUGCAAUCACCACUGUCCAAAUUGUUUCCAGGCUUGAGCUCAACAACCGAAACAGACACAUUUCCAGAUUCCAAAGCCGAAUAUAAUAUGUUUCGGAACGAGACGCAGGACGAGAGCACAGAAACCACUGUGUUUUCGUCACCCCGCGUGCUCUACGAGCUCCACGCAGAGCCGGAGAAGCAACAGCGUCUGCUUGCCAAGAAAAUAAAACCUCAACGUAUUGAAUUCCAGCGCUAUUGCAAGGCCAAGCGCCCACAUGUUCAAGUGCCGCCACGCAAACGUAAAAGCAGAACCAAACAGGCUAAGGCGGGGAAAAAGGAAAAAGAGCAGCAGAACAGUGGCUUCUUUCAGCGUCUCUUCUCCUCACUGGACAACAUGUGCAAAUGCCACCCGCAGAGUGCGCGAAACAUCAUCGACGAUCUGCCCGAACCGCAGUGGAAUAAAAAGGCGGCAUCCCGCCACACCUGCAUUGGCAUCUAUCCCUUUGAGCAUGGCUGUGCGGACUAUUUAAGCACCACAGACACACAUCCCAAAAUCAAUUCCAUAGUACUGGCGGAUCGUGCCACUACCUAUGCAACACAUUUCUGGGCCGAGUUCUUCGGUCUAUUGCAUAUUGCCGUCGCAUUUGUUGUAGCAUUUGUUCUUCAGUUUUAUCGCUUCAUCCUCUAUUCGGUGGUCAACACUCUUGUCGUUGGACUGCUCCACACCACCUCGGAUUAUAUGAUCAAGCCGGCACUGACUGUUGUCUUCAAUGGCUUCCUGCAACCGCCCCUGAUCUUUAUUUAUAAUAUUUUGUGUUCCCUGCGCGACAUUGUGGAUCCCGUAGCCGACACCGUCAACAAUCUGAUGAAGCCACUGGCCAUGCUGUGUGCCAACGUACGACUGAUUAAUGUUAACUACAGGAAUGUGCGUCGGCUGAACAAGGAUGUUUAAUUUGUCAUCCAGUCAAUCACUAUAUUCUUGUGUUCUAUAUAUUAUUUCUCUUUAUACAGUUUUCUUUAAA